CUGUCGUCAUGACGUGUUUGUAGCUCAUUCAGCUCUGGGUCAGAAGGCAUCAGCAUGGACACGGGGGAUGUUCUCGCAUCUUUGGGGGUAGAAGGAGCCACUGCGGCUGCGCAUGCGCUCUCUCUUCCAGCAGAGGCGUACGGAAAUGACGCCCAACUGGAAGUAAUGUGGGCUAUGAAAGCCUACAAUCACGCAGAAGUGUACUAUAAUCUUAUUUCCUCGGUUGAUCCCAAGUUUCUAAAACUAACCAAAUCAGAUGAGCAGAUAUACACUAAAUUCCGGGAAGCAUUUCCUGACCUUAGUAUUCAAGUUCUGGAUGCAGAGCUGCUGAAGUCCGUGGACGCUAAAGAGAAAUGGAGGCCCUUUUGUAACCAGUUUGAAGGAGUUGUAGAAGACUUCAACUAUGGUACAUUAUUACGUUUAGACUGUCAAAAGGACUACACAGAGGAGAACACGAUAUUUGCGACCAGAAUCCAGUUUUACGCCAUUGAGAUUGCAAGAAACAGAGAAGGAUACAAUGAGUUUGUCCACAAUGCCAAUUCAAAAACCAAACAACAGAAGCAAGAUAAGAGCUAAUCAUAACAGCUUAUUAUUGGAAGUGGCCUUGUCGAUGUAAAGAAGAUCUUUCUACAUAAAGCUCAUCAGUGGAGAAACAUGUUUAAAUGUCCUACUUAUUUUUCCCCAUUAUGUAAAUGUGUGUAAAAGAGUUGUUUUUCUCAUUUGUACUCCAAAGUUGGAUGGUUAAAUCAAUUUAGAUUUUUCUGCAAUGUGUGGCACCUUUUGUUUAAUAAAUAUCAGUACAAAUUUCCCCCUAAAAA